AUGUCGUUCGACUUCGAGGAGAUCACCUCGUUGCGUAACGAGCUGCAGAACGUAAGGGAAGUGCUGCGUCUGACCAAAUGCAACAUCCAAGCGCUAAACGGUACGUUCGCUACCUUCGACCAUCCGCCGCCCAUUUAUUUCACCGAGUUCCGGGAGCUCACCUUGAAGUUGCAAGAGCUCGAAGCCAAAGAACAUGAACUACUCGAGCAGGUCGACCAUCCAAGAGAACAUCGUAAGACUAGAAACGACAAACCGUCAACGCCAUUAGUGCGCACCAUCCGGGCGUUUUUACCAAACAAACAGCGCACUACGAUCGAGGUGAAACAGGGCGAAACGUUACACAUGGCUCUGGAAAAACGCCUGCAACACAGAAAAAUUCCGUUAAACGCUUGUGUCGUUUACAGAAACGGAACAGACCAUCAAAUACCGUGGGACACGCAAACGUCCACUAUCGAAUAUGAAGAGAUCCAAGUGAAAAUGUGUUGGUUACCCAUUCAAGCAUCGUUUACGCACAAUUUUUCAAAACGUACAUCAUUCACAUUCUGUGAUCACUGUCGUCAAAUGCUGUUUCAGGUAAAUAUUUUUAUUUUUUUAUUGAUUUAAUUUCAAUCAUUUUCAUUAAGUGAUUUUUUGCCCAUUUUAUUAGGGUUAUCAUUGCCGGACCUGUGGAUUCAAAUUUCACGAAAAGUGUUCAAUGGGUGUGCCUGUAUUGUGUAUUCCGAAUAGAGAAUUGACUACCAGUAACGCUGGCAGCGGUAUUUAUCAAAACUCAGCUGGUAUACUGCAACUAACAUCUGACUAUCAAUCUUCAAGACGUCGAGUGCUCGGUCAUGGUGAGCGGUCGAGUUCAGAACCUAAUGUGUGUCGUAAUAUGGUCAACAUGAAUUGGGACGAUUUGGCAGAGUUGAAACGGAGAUCACAAGCACUAUCUGGUAUACCUCAAAGUUUCUUACCGCAUAGCCAGAGUGCCCAAGCUUCUCCUACCAACGUACUGAAGCCAAGACCUCGGGCCAAGAGUGCUGAUGAAAGUGCUACCAAAAAAUUACUUCGAGACACUGGUCCUCAAGAAUCAUUAGAGGAUUGGGAAAUACCUGAAACAGACAUACAAAUGGGUGAUUGCAUUGGAUCCGGAUCAUUCGGUACUGUAUAUAAAGCCAACUGGCAUGGUCCAGUUGCAAUUAAAGCGCUUAAAGUCAAACAACCAACAGCUGCACAAUUACAAGCGUUUAAAAAUGAAGUAUCUGUGUUGAAGAAAACUAGGCACCUAAAUGUCUUACUGUUUAUGGGAGUUAUACGAAAACCAAAUUUAGCAAUUGUUACACAAUGGUGUGAAGGUUCAAGUCUAUAUCGCUGUUUACAUGUACUAGAAAAAAAGUGAGUUAAUUUUAUUUUAUUAUAUAAGUUGGUAAUAACCGACAAUUAUUAAAAUAUUUUGAUAAUAUUUCUGACAUUUCUUAUUUUUAUCAUUAAAAACUAAAUUGAAAAUAUAUUAUUAGACAGGUACACCACUAAGCUUAAAAAAUAUUACCUACUUAUAGUCAAUGCAUAUAAAUUUGUAAAAAGUAUUUUAAAUUAUAAUACUUGUGUACUCAUUUAAUGUUAAUUUCCUUAAUAUUAACUGAAAUUUUAUCAUCUAAAAUUAUAAUUUUUUUACUUAAAAGUACAUAAUAUUUGAUGGCAUCAUACAGGUGAUUUCUUUAUAUUACUAUAACAUGGGAUAUCUGUACAAGUAGGAACUUACAAACUAGAUACAAAGAGCAUAUCCUUGAAUUAAAAUUAAAGAUAACUUCUAAAUUCUAGUUUUGUUGGGCUUUAUUUUAGAAAAUAACAAUAUUGUAAGGCUCAGAUAUUUACAAUAUUUCCAUAUUUAGAUUGAAAGCUGAUGGAUAAAAGAUACAUAAUAAUAUAUAAAAUCUUCUUUUACUUUAACUAGAGCCCUCAAUUGAUAAAAUGAUUAAAUUUCAUUAAGUACUAUCCAAUCAUCUUAUCUUAAAUUGAAUAUGUGCCUAAAACAAACCUAUACAGAGUAAAACUUAAACAAUUUUUUUUAUCCAUUCACUGUGAUACAUAAAUAAUUCAUUUUUGUUUGCAUUUUUAAUCUAUUUAUCUAUUUAUUAUAAUUAUAAAUAUUCAAAAUUAGAUUUUUUUAAAUUUUUUCUUUAGAUUUGAGGUAUUGCAAUUGAUAAUAAUAACAGGUCAAACAGCAACUGGUAUGAAAUAUCUCCAUUCCAAGAGUAUUAUACACAGGGAUCUAAAGAGCAACAAUAUAUUCUUUAAUGACAAUGUUGUGAAAAUUGGCGAUUUUGGAUUGGCUACUAUCAAGUCUAAAUGGUCCGGUGGCCAGCAAUAUCAUCAACCAUCUGGAUCAAUACUUUGGAUGGCGCCCGAAGUAAUACGCAUGCAGGUGGAUAAUCCGUACAGUUUCCAAUCAGAUGUGUAUGCUUAUGGUGUUGUGUUAUAUGAACUUCUCUCUGGUCAGUUGCCUUACACAGAAAUCAAUAACAAAGAUCAGAUAAUAUUCAUGGUUGGUAGGGGUUAUUUACGACCUGAUUUGAAAAAAGUUAGGCCGGAUGCUCCACCUGAACUACGUAAAUUAAUGGAAAACUGUACCAAAUACAAUAGAGAAGACAGGCCCGAUUUUAAAGACAUUACUAUAUCCCUAGAGACCGUUGUACAUACCAUACCAAAACUGCAACGGACAACUUCUGAACCAACAUUAUCCCGGUCUAAUUGGAGCGAUGACUAUUUGUACCCGUCCGAAGCGAAUAACUAUAGAGGCACCGCAGGCUUUAUUUAA